UAGUUUCCGGUUUCUUUGAGCUCUCGUGAAGUCAGUGCUUGCCUUCCUCCCCGCCCUGCUCGAGCUUCAUUGGUAGCUCUCAACUGCCCUUCCGUGUCCCGGAGGCGGAGUUGCCCACCGGACGGGACCGGGGAGUGAGCUAAGCAGGGAACAUCAGUUUGGCAGCCGUAUGGAGUUUGGAUUGUAGAAAGGAGAGACUUGAAGCAGGGACACUAUGGUAAUAGUUCAGGUAAGAGAUGUUGAUGGCUUGAACAAGUGUAAGCCAAAUCCCGUGGUGGCCGUGUGUGAGGAGAAGGGAAUGUAUGCAGGGACUAUGUAGGUAAGGAGAUGUUGUGGACAGAGAUUAACAAAUUGGUUAGUUGGGAUGAGGAGUCAAGGAUGAUGGAGAUUGUGAAAUUGAGUGGCUCGAAGGAUGAUGCAGUAAUAAUCUUCAGCAGUAAUGGACACCAUGACGACCAUGGAUGAUAAGUUGCUUGGGGAGAAGCUGCAGUACUAUUACAGCAGCAGUGAGGAUGAAGACAGUGAGAGGGAAGACAAGAAUAAAGACACGGCACUGGGCGAUUCUGUUUCUGGAGAGACUGAGCUGGCCAGGGAUGGUAUCACAGUUAACACAGGUCCAAAAGGUGUCAUCAAUGACUGGCGCAGAUUUAAGCAACUGGAGACAGAACAGAGAGAAGAGCAGUGUAGAGAAAUGGAGAGGCUCGUCAAAAAGCUGUCCAUGACUUGUAGAUCUCAUUUGGAUGAAGAGGAUGACAAACAGAAACAGAAAGAACUUCAAGAUAAAAUCAAUGGGAAGAUGACUUUGAAGGAGUAUGGCAUGAUGAAUGAGGAGCAAGAUGAUGAAGAGUUUUUACAACAAUAUAGGAAACAACGAAUGGAUGAGAUGAGGCAACAGCUGCACAGUGGGCACCACCAGUUCAGGCAGGUCUUUGAGAUAACCAGUGGGGAAGCAUUUUUGGACACAGUUGAUAAAGAAAAGAAAAGCAUACUCAUUGUGAUUCACAUUUAUGAAGAUGACAUCCCUGGGGCAGAAGCAAUGAAUGGCUGCAUGAUCUGCCUUGCUGCGGAGUACACCUCAGUCAAAUUCUGCAGAGUGAAGAGCUCCCUCAUUGGGGCCAGCUCCCGCUUCACCAAUAAUGCUCUUCCUGCAUUGCUGAUUUAUAAGGGAGGAGAAUUAAUCGGUAAUUUUGUCCGAGUCACUGACCAGCUUGGAGAAGAUUUCUUUGCUGUGGACUUGGAAGCAUUUUUACAAGAGUGUGGUUUGCUCCCAGAAAAAGAAAUGGUGCUGCUGACAUCAAUCCAUAACCCAACUGCUGGUUUCAGUGAGGAUAGUGAUCUGGAAAUAGAUUGAAGUGGUAGGGAAAGGGACUAGUAGUGUAGGGGUGAGUGAGUGACAAGUAGGGGGCUUGACUUCUGAGGCACAUGUCUAUAUGUUUAUUUUUGUUCCUUCCUGUGCACUUUGGCUUUUUACCUAUUCUUUAUAAACUUUUAUUAUAUGUAAAAUUAAAGGUUCUUAACAUUUCUUAGAUUAAAUCAAUAAAAUGUUGAAUCAC